AUGGCGACAGUCAUCGCGCUUGGUGUGGGCGUCGCAGCUGCUGCGUUUUUUGGCCGCGCAGGUCUAGUCGCGCUCAGACGGCAUCGAGGCGGAACAAAUGCGCUGGGCAAGGCGUUCUACAAAGGCGGAUUUGAGAGGCAAAUGAGCCGAAAAGAAGCAGCACUCAUCUUGGAGACAAGCGAACGAGGCCUCACCAAAGAAAUCCUCCGGAAGAAACAUCGGCAAAUGAUGCUGCUCAAUCACCCGGAUCGCGGCGGAAGUCCUUACCUGGCGACGAAAAUCAACGAAGCAAAAGAGUUUUUAGACAAAGGUCUCUCGUGA